GGAUCACAUUUUUGCUCACGAUCGGGCACCUACAUUCUCCAGUGGAGGAUACCGGAGGUUUCUGGACAACACAACACAACAUUCGACUUCAGCAUAAAUACACACAAAUGUAAACUGAUGUAUUACCAUGAGUUGCUGGAUUCGGCUAACUUCAGGGGAUCCGUAGCUUCGUUGGAGUCGUGCCGCAGUUCGUUUAGCUCCAUCGCUCCCCCGUCCCAUCCAGGUACGCCGAGCACUUUGGUACGUAGCAAGAUGGGUCCGAAGGCAAAUCAUUUGCCAAAUAGUUAG